AUCACCCAACUUUAGACAUUUUACUUGAGAAAUGGGUUCAACUUCUGUAGCCUUCACUGCUCUUCUCCUCUCAUUCAAUCUCCUCUUCUUUACAUUGGUUAGCUCUACUAGCUGCCCAUCACCACCACUAAACCCUGAACACUGUUCAUGCAAUGAUCAAUCACCACCACCACCACAUGUCCCUGGCUAUCCAUCUUCACCACCGCCAUCACCAAAGGUUCCACCACCACCAUACCCUAGCUACUCAUCUCCUCCACCACCACCAACACCUCACGUAGCAUCGCCACCACCACCAACACCUAGCUAUUCAUCUCCACCACCACCAACUCCUCAUGUAGCAUCUCCACCACCACCAACACCUAGCUAUUCAUCUCCCCCACCACCAACACCUCACCCUAGCUACCCAUCUCCACCGCCGCCAUCUCCACCAACACCAACACCUAGCUACCCAUCUCCACCACCACCAACACCUAGCUACCCGUCACCACCCCCACCAACACCUAUCUACUCAUCUCCACCACCGCCAUCACCAAAACCAUGCCCACCAACAACCCCAUCAUCGAGCCCAACUAAAUGCCCAAAGGAUACCCUAAAGCUUGGUGUAUGUGUGGAUUUGUUGAAAGGUUUGUUGGGUAUUGUAAUUGGUCAGCCACCAACAACACCUUGCUGUAGCCUCAUUGGCGAUCUUGUUGAUCUUGAAGCAGCUGUAUGCCUUUGCACUACCAUCAAAGCCAGUCUCCUAGGCAUCAACUUAAACCUUCCUAUUAACUUGAGCUUGGUCCUUAACCACUGUGGCAAGAAUGUUCCUCAAGGAUUCCAAUGCCCAUAAGUUCACUCUAUUUACCCUAAAUAGUCUACUCAACAUGUUCUUUUAUGUUUGUUUUUUUUUGGUUAUGUUUUCUUAUUCUUGCAUGUAAUGUUUGGGAUGCAUAUUACAAUUGAUGUAACCAUCAUUUUUAUUAAUAAAAUCAAUAAUAAUUUUAUGUCUU